GUUGUGCAGUGUGCGCGCGAGCUCGGCCACGAUGCAGUAACUCGCUACCUUUUACGCUCGUGUAUUUCAACGUGUUUUCUCGUUUUCUGCAAGGGUCGUCCCCGAGUCCAAACUUCGACUCGUGUCCGAAGAGCCCAAGUGUGUGUGUGUGUGUGUGUAAAUUGGGUGCAUAAUUGCUCGAGUUGCGACGUUGCGUCUCGAGAGUGUCGCGCGUGCAUUAACCGAAGUUAAACAUAGCCGUGUCGCAGACUCGCGACUAUAACUAUCCAAGUAGAGAGACUGUGAUAGCAGUAGCCAGAAGUAUUAUAUAGCCACGCUCUGUGCGUGUGUGUAUAUUAUUCGCGAGAUCUUGAAAUAGCCAAUGGGGAAGCUGUCGGCUCGCGUCACGCGUCGCGCAGUCAGCAGUUGCUCCGGGCUAGCAGACGCUCGGCUCGCGCUCCCGCGUCGUCGUCGUCUCUCGAUCGCUGCUGCUGUUGCUGCAGUGUAGUCUAGGCGCGCGUACUUGAGAAUGAAGAAUGAUUAGCCGCCGCAAAAACACGCUCAAAUAUAUACACCUAUAACUCGACGCGAGAGCAGGCGCUGCAGCUGCACACGGAUAUAUCGUCGCAACGUCGAGCCGAUCUCGUUGUUGGGCUGUUGCAUUGCGGAGUUGUACAGUCGUGUCCGCAGCUGUCGCGAGCUGCAUAAUCGAUGCGUCCGAGCACGCCACGCGUUUUCGCAUAGACAACAUACAGACACACACUGCCCAGUGUCGAACUGUCGACGCAGCCGCGCGCUACAGUGCCUCGCUGCUGCUGCUGCUACUGCCUCGCGCUACAAAGACUCGUGUGCACUUCCUUUUCCCCUUUGCUGACGACGGCUGAAUUGCCAAAGCUCGCGAGCUACACCGUCGUUCCAGCUCAUUCUCUAUCUCUCUGCUGCCUUUCCACCAAGUGCGUAUAUACGUUAUUAAAGUGUCGAGUGACAGCUUUCGCUUACGUAAGCUCGAAUAUCGCACACACCACCAACUCUUCGAGUCAAUAAUAUACACAUACAUACAUUCAGCGAGCUUGUACAGCGACACGGCCGACCAUAUAGGCAGUCAGUGCGCGCCUAUAUAUACCUACACAAGUGUGCGAAAGCGUGUACUGCGCUAAGUCUGCCUUCUCUGUGCUGUGCAAUCGUCGACGGACUUUGGUGCGCGGCAGCCCGCGGCUAUAAAGAUAGCUCCUCGAAAUAUAUAUCAGCGUUCCGGGGGCUCGAUUUACUCGCGUGACUAUGCUCCGCUACGUGCACCUUACGCCAGUAUAGGCAAAAGAUCAUGACUGCGAUCGCCGUCAUCGUCCAGUGACCCGAAUUCAACGAGCUCUUGUGUUCUCUCUCUCUCUCUCUUUCGCUCGCAUUCCACUCGACCCUUACCUUCGCAAGCUUCGUAGCUUUUUUCCCCGUACUUGUGAGCUUGUCUCUCUCGCUCUCAGCACAUUUCCAGCAUACACACGUACACAACUUCUCGUAUAUGCAUAUAUACUGCAUACAGACAGGGACGGAGCUGCAGUGCCACGCGUGCGUUGGCCGUUAUUGUGUCUUUUUUAAUUGUGAGUAGUCAGUCACCUGUAACUGACACGAGUGCUUUUUUUUAAGAGAAUACAAAAAGAGGUUUAAAGAGCGAGAUUAAAAGCGCCCACCUUGGCGCAAAUUAUGACAAGAGGUAUCACCAGCUCCUAUCGCUAUGGACAAUUUAAACUGGGAUCCUGCUUUGAGCAAACUACUAAGUGCCUUGGAAGCCAACAGAGCUGCGAUUCCCAGCUGCACAGACGAGGACUUCAACUAUCUCAGCGAGUUGUUGCAGUCCAAGGAAUUGAAUGCACUUGUGCAUGUCUACAACAAAAUUUUAAGGAACCUGAAAGAUGACAAAUUUUGUCCUAUUCUUUCUAAUGCCAUGGAAAUCAAUGUAGAAGUUCUCAACCUACUCUCUGCAAAGACUCAUGUGAACGAUGACAUCAAGGAACUUUUUCAAACAUUGCAAAAGCCUCAUGUACAAGCUCUUCUCAUAUCUCACGAUACGGUUGCUCAAAAAGAUUAUUAUCCAAGAUUGCCUGAUGUUCCAAUGGAAAUAGAUGAGGAUGAAGAAACUGUUAAAAUUGUGCAAUUGGUGAAAUCUGAUGAACCAUUGGGUGCAACCAUAAAGACUGACGAGCAAAGCGGCAAAAUUGUGAUCGCUCGAGUGAUGCACGGUGGUGCCGCUGACAGGUCAGGUCUCAUUCACGUCGGCGACGAGAUUCAAGAAGUCAACGGCAUCAGCGUCGAAGGAAAAACUCCCAAUGACGUAUUAAAAAUUUUGCAACAUUCGGAAGGGACGAUCACUUUCAAAAUCAUACCAGCUGACAGUAAAAACAUUCUUCGCGAGAGCAAAGUACGAGUGCGAGCUCACUUUUCGUACAAAGCGUCGGAAGACCCGGAGACGCCGUGCACCGAGGCCGGCCUGGACUUCGAGAAAGGUGACGUACUUCACAUCGUCUGCCAGGACGACGCUCACUGGUGGCAGGCGCGGAAGGAAGGCGACCGCAACAUGAGGGCAGGCCUGAUACCCAGUCGGGCGCUCCAGGAGCACCGCAUCACCGUUCAGCGACAAAAGCGCGAGAAGCGCGACGAAAACGAGGAUGAUACCUUAACGGAGAACGAGGACUUUGAUCGCGAGCACAUACCCACUUACGAGGAAGUGACGAAAUUGUAUCCCCGACCCGGACUCUAUCGACCGGUCGUUCUCAUCGGACCACCAGGGGUUGGUCGUAACGAGCUCAAGAGGCGACUCGUCGCCACGGAUCCGGAAAAGUACCGAUCCCCAGUACCAUUUACAUCGAGGCCCCCAAGGCCAGGUGAGAUCGACGGCAAAGAGUAUAACUUCGUGUCGCGCGAACAAAUGGAAGCCGACAUCGGAGCCGGUAGAUUUAUCGAGCACGGCGAGUACAAAGGCAACCUGUACGGGACGAGCGCCGAGAGCGUGACUUCGCUGGUCGAAGCCGGAUAUCUCUGUCUUCUCAGUCCACAUUAUCAGGCGCUGAAAAUGCUGAGGACGCCUCAGCUCAAGCCUUACAUACUUUACGUGCAGCCACCGAGUUUCGAAGUGUUGAAAGAGACCAGAAACGCGACGAAAGCCCGCUCGACUUUCGACGAGACAAACUCGCGUGCCUUCAAUGACGACGAGUUGAAAGAUAUGCUGCGCAGCGCUGCCAGAAUAGAAUAUUUGUAUUCGCACAUUUUCGACGAGACAAUUGUCAAUGCCGAUCUGGCCAAGGCUUUCGAGCACCUGCUAGUCGCCAUUCACAAACUCGAAUCUGAGCCUCUAUGGGUGCCGGCUUCGUGGGUCUGAAUCGUUUAACAUUAUCUCUCUCACCGAUCCCCUUCAACCGCUGAUGACGUUCACAUCUUCCAAAUACUUGUCAAAAUUCAACUAUAUCACAAAAAAUGUCUUAACCGUAGAAUUUCAAUCGCAGUCUACGUGGAUUUUGUCUUUUUAACUUAGUCAACAAGUAAUGCAACCAUAUCAAACGUCUUAACUAAAUACAAGCUCGUUCUUUGGUCGUUUGUAGCGCCUUAGGAUAUGGAACGUAUAUAAAAAAAAUAUAUAUAUUGUGAACUCGGUGCUCUAUACUCGGAUGUACUGACCAAUAAUAAUUUCCACGUAUAUAUAUCUGUAAAAUAAAAUUCAUAUCCGACUGAACUUAUGCUACUAAUUUUUCAGUAUGAUCGUUGUGUUCGCGUAUACGUAUUGACACAAUGAACCAAGACUGAGUUCGUAUGAGUCACGACAUUUUUCAGCGAUGCUAACCAAUUAGAACUCGUGAAUAAUUUUGAAUAACUUCGAUUUUUCGCCAUAGUACGUACAGUCGUCAUUAUUGAUCUAACCAACUGCCAGACGAUACACUCACGGAUGUGUUUUGACGCUAUUCCAUUUAGAGACGCGUUAUCCUGUAUCAAACUUUUUUAGACGAGCAAUUGACAACGGAGCCAAUAAAAAAUUUCAUAAUUUCUAUACUUUAUUUACACAUGUGUAAGCGACGUUGUCAUUUUUAUGACUCCAAAAAAGACCUUUUUCAGAUUCUGAAGAGCAUGUUUGUUAUAUAGAGUGAAUUUUUGACUAUAAGAGUAUAAUAUUGUAACAAGCGAAAUACCUAUAAAUACGUUACACGUCAAAAAGUCCAAGAAUUACUUUGAUAAUUUUUUGGUAGAAUUUAUUAUAUACAUUGAAUAAUAAUGUUCUCUGCCGAUGCGUCAACUUGCGCAACACUUGCCUUUCUCAUUAAUAUUUAAAAACCAAGACGAUUUAUUCGAUAUCCAUAUAUUAAAAUUAGUAAAUAUUAAGCGGAUGAAAAGUGAAAAAUAUGUAAUUGGGAUUCAGAGUAAUAUCGCGAGAGAAAAAUCAGUACAAUAAAUAAAUGAAGGAUAAUGGAAAAAUCGCUAAAUGUGAAAAAAGCGAGAUAAUUUAGAUUUUAUGUGCAGUGAUGUACACAUAAAUAUUAAUAUAAUUAAAGUUAAUGAACGAUAAAUUUUAACUCGAUUAAGAUGGUGUGUGAGUGUGUAGAAAAGGAUCCACAGCUGUUUUUAAUAUACUUGUACAAUUUUUUUAUCCUGCAACAAGUAAAAAAGUGUCAUAAGUCCCCAUGACAACUUGCGUAAAUAGAAAUCACCGAUAUUACAUAUAUUGUUCCAAAAAGACACUGAGAAUGGGUUGUCAUGUUGUCAUUUGUGCCAUAGGUUGUAUACUUUAUACAUAGAUUGAUAAAAAUCGCUUUAAUAGUGCGUUGAAUCACUGCGAAGAAAAUAAAAGUUUCGUUUGCAGUAUAAAUAAUAAAAAUAUUCAAAAAACAAAAUGUAAGAAAGAAAAAUCAUUUACUUCUAUAUUGUAUAAUCUAAAUAAUUAUUAUGAAGAAAAUUAUAUAGAAGCACUGUUGAGACUCUAGCGACACAAAAUAAAAGAAAUUCAAAUUGUUGUUAAUUGUUGCCAAAUAAAUAAAUGUGUUUAGCAA